UUCUCCCACCAACCAGGAGCUUCAAGUUCUUUCCCUCGCGCGCACAACGCCCUCCACUCCUACCUCUCGGAAAGGCCACAGCCGACGAUGGUAUCGCCAGGAGUUGCAUACCUUCUCCGUUCCGCCAUCGGCGUGCUGAGCAAGCCCCUCCUUCUCGUGCUGUCGGUGCAUCUGCUCGCCCAUCGCCUGCGUCAACCCGUGCCAGGAUGGGCCACGGUACUUCUUGCCUCCGCAAGCCUGCCAUUGUAUGCCGCGUGGAGCGUCUGGCGGACGAACCGCCGCCAGCGCCGCGAGGCGGAUGCGAUGGGUGCGCGAAUGGCGCCGUAUGUCCCCGGAAAGUGGCCGGGCAACUUCGAUAUCAUGCGGCAGAUGAUGUGGAACCGAGCAAAUGGCUACGUUGGCGACGGGCUGCGCGAGUACACGGAGCAGUAUGGGCCAGUCGUGAACAUUCGGGUGCUGUGGAUAGACAUGCUGUUUACGACUUCGCCAGACCAUCUGAAGCAAAUACUGGCAACUGACUUCAACAACUUUGAAAAGGGUCCUAGGCUCCAUGGCGUCUUGCGCAGUGUUCUUGGCACUGGAGUCUUCAACUCAGACGGGGACAUGUGGAAAUUCCACCGCGGGAUGACGCGGCCGUUCUUCAGCAAGGAACGCGUCAGCCACUUCGACCUUAUUGACAAACACGCCACCUCCGUCAUCGCGACGCUCAAAUCCCGCGCGCGGGCGGGAUAUGCCAUUGACUUCCAAGACCUCAUUGGGCGCUUCACGAUGGACUCUGCGUCGGAGACGCUCUUUGGGACGUGUGUGAACAGCCUCCAGGGCAGCAUUCCGUAUCCGCACAAUGCUCGCUCCGCUGGGACCGGGAUUGGCACCAGCCAGGACAACACAUUUAUCGAGGCGUUCAACGCGGCGCUCGAAUUCGUCACGCGCCGGCAGAUGCGCCGGUCGGUUUGGCCGCUCUGGGAGCUCUGGGGCGACAAGACCGCGCGGCACAUGAAGAUUGUCAGCGCUUUCCUUGAUCCAAUCAUCGCGGCGGCGGUCGAGCGGAAGCGCGUGGCGGAUGCGGCCGGCGCGGGGGGAGACCGGAAGGAAGCGCAGACGCUGCUCGACGAGCUGCUCAACUCGACGUCGGAUGUUAAGGUGUUGAAGGAUGAGACACUCAAUAUUCUCCUCGCCGGGCGUGAUACAACUAUGCAUACGCUUACCAUGGUGAUCUAUUUCUUGUCCCUCUAUCCCGCCAUCUGCGUGCGCCUGCGGGCCGAAAUCUUGACCCAUGUUGGGCCUGCACGUCGGCCGACCUACGAAGACAUUAAGGAGAUGAAGUACCUCCGCGCUGUGAUCAAUGAGGCCUUGAGGCUAUACCCGCCGGUGCCGUUCAACGUGCGCGACUCCAUAGAAGCCACGACCUGGCCGUCGCCCGAUCCGAAUGCGCAGCCGAUAUACGUGCCGGCACAUACCCGGACAGCCUAUUCGGUACUGCUGAUGCAACGCCGGAAGGACCUGUGGGGGCCCGACGCGGACGAAUUCGAUCCCGACCGCUUCCUCGAUGAGCGCGUGCAAAAGUACCUCCUGAAGAACUCGUUCCAGUUCCUCCCCUUCAAUGCGGGCCCGCGCAUCUGCCUCGGGCAGCAGUUCGCGUACAACGAGAUGUCGUUCAUGCUUGUCCGCCUGCUGCAGAACUUCAGUGCGUUUGCCCUCGCGGAGGAUGCCUUCCCGCCGUCAGCGCGUCCGCCCAGCGCGUGGAAGAAGGCCGCGGGGGAGGAAGGCGAUAGAGCGCUUCCGGCCGAAGAUGCACUUGACGAUGUCGAGCGAGGGCGGGAUGUGGGUUCGCGUUGUCGACGCUAA